CACUGUGGUUCCGGUGUGACGGUUAGCAUGACCGAAUUAUCACGCGAUUAUCGACCUUUCUGUUGUUUUAAUUUAAAUUAAAAAAGGGAAGUAUUUCACUGAAUUUUCUUUUUCAUUCCAGGAUCAUGAAAAAAGCCUCCGCUUCAUUGCCGAGGUACAAAAGCACCGUGUUUUGUGGGAGAAAAAAAAAUAAAAACUACAAAAUUGUAGUUUUGAAGGGCGACGCGUGGGCUGCGAUAGCGGCCAAGGAGGAGGUUUCGCCACAAGAUGCGAAACAUCUGUGGUCCCGACUCCUUGGCAUUUAUCGGACCAACAAGGCCAAGGUUAAGAAGACGACGCAAACCGGUGCAGGCAAUGACGACGUGUUCCGGCCACGGUGGUUCGCCUACCAUGCGAUGUCUUUUGUAGACGAGGCCACCCAAGAUGCGGUGCAUGUAGACACGGUGAGUAUGUUUAUACUUAUUUUAAAUAACUAGUGGUGUGGGUCAACUAGUUUGUUUAAUCUUUUGCGUGGAAGCUAAUGUCAGCUUUCAAAUCAAUUUUACAUAAAUCAAUACAUCAAUACAUUUGGGUAUCCAUGAUUGAUAAAUGUUCUCCGACGAACUAAUUGACCUUACUCACAUUCUAUUUAACUAACUUAAUGCGACUUAUAUCGUUUGUUAUAUACAUAAAAAAGCUCUCUUUUGCACUUAUAUAAUUAACAUUUUGACGAACAAAGUAUAUCAUGGUGGUUUUCCCCAUAACACCACAGUGUAGCAUAUCUGCUAUACAGAACUUAUUAUAAUACACACUAUCAGCUAUAGACACAUUGUAACACACUUCGGAAAGCCAAAUCACACUAUUGCAACACAUUCAUUAUAUUACAUCAGCAAAUCAAUCCACACCAUAGCAACAUACCUAGACCAUACCAUCCAUAGAAAAAACCAUUGAGACAUUUAUCGAAAACUCCGAAACGCGCAACAUAAGCAAUUCAAGCGUUACUGCAGCAAAGUGGACAAACAGAGAACGCAUAGCAACUUAUUGCUAAAAGCGCAGCGUAGGCAAUGAUCGACGAACGCACUCGUUAUUUGGCUAGAACAGUUGAAACUUUCCAGAACCUUUGUAAAAACACUGAAAGCGCAGCAUAAGCAUAAAUUGACAGACACCUCACUCCGAUAGAAUGAAUAAAUUGCACCUCAUAUCAAUAACCUUUAAUUAGGACAAAAACACAUUCCAAAACCAAUAUUUCGAAACCCAUUGAGUAUAAAUAAAACCAAUUCCGACCGUGGCAAGUCAGAUUCGUUCGGACUGCCAAGAUAGGACGUUACGCUUCCUAAAAACUUCGUGUACCAACUUAUUUCAAGAGUUUAGUUAUGUCCCCCUACCCAAGGUAAGGCUUCUAAACUCCAACAUUUCCAGUAAGGGAAACUCCUUCCGGGUUUCCAUGAUCGCCUGGACGAUCAAAUCAGUCCGCUUCGAAUAGUUUGUUCCACCUCAGCUCAUGUCAAUAAAGACUGACUCCCCGCAAAAACGGUGCACGACGGCCCCGCGUACGUUCGAUCACAUUACAUGGCGACCGUGACCUUAAUCUGCAAUCGACAGGCAGAAGUAUAAGCAAAUUAUUUACAAGUAAAAUGUGAUAAGUACAACGGUAACGUAAAACGUAAGUGUCGUGUGACAAACCAAAAGUAUUGUGACCAUAACCGGCAUUCGACGGGACGUGAGAAAAAAAAAAGUGUCAAAUGUGCAUUUUUUUUUAACGAAACAUUCAA